UCAGCCAUUUUUAUGGUGUUAAAAAGAUCAGCGACAUUUGUGAAGAAUGAACUGCAGAGAUUUAAGAUGAUUCUUAGUCCAGAUUACCAAGAAGACUUAAAGAGAAAAGAUGAGGAUGAGAGUGAUGCCAGAGAAGGAGCUCUCAAGAUGGCACUACACUUCCUAUUGGAGAUGGAGAGAACAGAUCUUGCUGACAAACUGAAAGAUUAUGAGCUGGAUGUACUUUGUCAGGCUGAGCUGAAAAUACAUCUCAGGAACAAAUACCAGAGUGUGUUUGAAGGAAUCCCCAAGCAAGGGAACUCUGCCCUACUUGAAAAGAUCUACACAGAGGUCUACAUCACAGAAGGAGGAAAUGGGAAGAUAAAUGAAGAGCAUGAAGUCAGGCAGAUUGAGUCCAUAUCCAAAAGACCAGUUGGAAGGGAGAAUCAAAUCAAAUGCAAUGACAUCUUCAAGCUCUUACCUGGUCAAGACAAGCCAAGUAGAAGUGUGAUGACAAAGGGGGUAGCUGGCAUUGGUAAAACCAUCUCGAUUCAGAAGUACAUCCUGGACUGGGCUGAAGAAAAGCACAACAGUGAUAUCCGCUUCAUUUUCCCAUUGCCUUUCCGGGAACUCAACCUCAUGAGAGAUGAACAUCACUCAUUGAUGAGUCUUGUUCAUCACUUCUUUCCAGAGCUGAAGACAUUAACCUUUGGCAAUCAAGCGAAGUAUAGACUAUUAUUCAUCUUUGACGGUCUGGAUGAAUGUAGGCUUCAGCUAAACUUUCAGAAAAAUGAAAUUUUGACCGAUGUGACAGUUCCCGCUUCACUGGAUGUACUCCUGACAAAUCUCAUCAAAGGAAAUCUGCUUCCCUCUGCUCUACUUUGGAUCACCUCCCGACCAGCGGCAGCCAGUCAGAUUCCUCCCGAUUGUAUUGACCUUGUCACAGAGAUCCAAGGCUUCAAUGACGCACAGAAGGAGGACUACUUCAGGAACAGGUUCAAUGAUGAGAGCUUUGCAAGCAGAAUAAUUUCUCACAUUACAUCAUCAAGGAGUCUCCACAUCAUGUGCCACAUACCAGUGUUUUGUUGGAUCACUGCUUAUGUUCUUGCUGUGGUUAUUGGAGCUCCAGGAAGACAACAGAUUCCAAAGACGUUGACAGAGAUGUACACAUAUUUUCUCCUUUUCCAAACUAAACAGAGAAGCAUUAAAUUUGACAGUGUGAAUGAUCUUGACCCACAAUGGAACCAGGGUCUUAUCCUUGAUCUUGGGAAGCUUGCUUAUGAACAGUUGGAGAAGGGAAAUCUGAUCUUCUAUGACGAGGACCUGAGAGAAUGUGGCAUUGAUGUCAGAGAAGCUGCAGUGUGCUCUGGUGUCUGCACCCAGAUCUUCCGACAGGAAUCUGCCAUUUCUCAAGCAACUGUGUUCUGCUUCAUCCACCUGAGUAUCCAGGAGUAUCUUGCAGCUCUGUAUGUGUUUCUGAUGAUGGCAACCGAAAGGAAAAAUGUGAUCUCCACAAACAAACUCGAGGAGACCAUGACUUUUUUACACAAGAGUGCCUUGGACAAAGCUCUGCACUGUAAAGAUGGACAAUUUGACCUCUUCCUCCGGUUCCUUCUUGGUCUUUCUCUGGAGUCUAACCAGACUCUCCUGCACGGCCUACUACAGAAAGGACAAAUCAACAAUGCUGAAACAAUCAGGUACAUAAAGGACAAGAUCAAGGAAGCCCCGUCCUCUGAAAGAGUGUUCAACCUUUUCCACUGCCUGAAUGAACUGAAUGACCACUCCUUAAUGGAUGAAAUCCAGAGCUUCCUUAAUGCAGGGUCACUUUUGGAAGAUCAGCUGUCACCUGGCCAGUGGUCAGCUCUAGUGUUUGUCCUGCUAACAUCAUACCGAAAGCUGUAUGUGUUUGACCUGAAGAAGUAUGUGAGGUCGGAUGAAGGUCUCCGGAGGCUGAAGCCAGUAGUGGAGGAAUCCGAAGCACUUCUGUAA